CAGACGCUUGUUUAUAUAAAGUGACUCGGGAUCAUCUUUGCUUCUUGAGUUGGCGAUCACUAAUAAUCCAUCAUGAUCAAUACAGCUUUAAGUUCGUUUGGUUCCCAGGUGGUGUUGGCAACAUCCAGCGAUGAGGAGCACCCCCCAGAGAACAUGAUCGAUGGGAAAACAGACACAUUCUGGUUGUCCACGGGUAUGUUUCCUCAAGAGUUUAUCAUCCGAUUCCCUGAUAACAUGAAGAUAUCUGUCAUCUCCAUUCACAGUUUAAAUGUAAAACAUUUGAGAAUAGAGAAAAGUACACUGCAAGAGCCUGAGAAGUUUGAAAUAAUGACCGAAAAAGAGUUUGAACAUACAGAGGGAAGUCUACAAAUAAAUGACAUUCCUAUUGAUGGCUCAAAUGCGACACAUCUGCGCUUUCUGAUCUUCUCCGGAUAUGAUCACUUUGUCUCAGUGCACAAAGUGGGUGUACAAGCAUAAUACCAUUGUUUUCUCUCGUUUUUCAAAUAAUUUAGCAGAACUUAAAUAAUGUACAGUAAUCUUCAUAUGUUUUGUAAAAAAUAAAUGCUAUGUUAUAAAUAAAAUCUUGUUCAUACAGAAA